AUGAACCUCAUAGUGGUGUGGUGGACGCUAUUAGCUUUGGUCGCGGCCAAUACUGAAACCAUUGUGUUUCGGGUUCCCUAUUACUACGACAUCCCACCACCUACAACGCGCCAGGGACAAACUACCAAUGCCACACAUACAGUGAUCCAUCACUACCCCAUCGACACCCUCAGUAAUCAGGCUGACUCCCAUCGGAUAGCACUCAAUCCCGGGACGACGUGGGUGCAAAUCAACAAUUACGACGGGGUGUUCGAGGCCAACGAUGUCAUCAAUGUCAAGUUCUGCUGGCCCGCCACCAACCCGUACCACGUCAAGCUCGACCAUGUAUUCUCUCUGGAGUUCACCGACACUCCGGGUCGGGUCGACCUUUUCGUUGCGAUAACCCUUACCCCUGAGGGCCAAUCAGCCCGCCAGCUUCCGCCACAACCCCUCACUGCCGACUUUUACAUUGCCAAGCUCCCGCUGGCACGAAUCCCGAUCCCCGUUGAACUAUACCCGUUGAUUCCGUAUCUUGUGGCGGUGGCGGUGACCGCGGGGGCAGCGGUGCCGUUUGUGUAUCGGUGGAUGUUUAGCACACCCCCAAAAUAG